GAGGGGGACUGAAGCGGCUGCCUCGGAGCUCUCCGGUAACACAGACGGUAGACGGCACCGAGUCUCCGUGCACUGCACAUCCAGCCUCCACCUGACCCACGGUGGGAACACGGUCCACGCAUAUUGAGGAAGUUUUUCCUCAUUAUUUUCAUUACUAUUAUUUUGUUGAUUUGAGGCAUCAGAUAAAGUCAGAAUGUAUGUUAUUGUUUCAUAUGUAAGCAGAUGGCGGUGAGUUGAAGAAGCAUUAAAACACACCUGAGUGUGUCGGGACGGGCCAACGUGUUUCUAACACUUAUUUCAUAAUAACCAACGGGGGCGACAACUUCGGGGUUUUUUUUCCCGCUGGCGGAGCUUCUAUUUUCGUCCUUAAUUUUUUUUUUUUUUUUUUUUUUUUUUUGUCAAACAUCAUCCGACCCCAUCCUCCUCCUCUUCCUCCUCCUCAUCUCCUCUUCUUCCUCCUCCAACCGUCUUCACUUGGUAAAACAACAGCCACCUACUCUACAGCCUGCCUUCCUGAAGGAAUCAAAAAUAACAAUUUAGUCAACAUCAGCCCAGGACUGGACUGUCACAAGGAUGCUACUCCAGCAAAGACACUACUAGACGGUCCAAACCACCGCUGCCAAUAUGUUUACGCGAGGUUAUGGUGGGGUGGAGUUACUUCUGGUGCUGUGUGGCCUGGAUCUCUCUCUGCCUUGCCCUCGCCACUGCAUCUGCUACACUUCACCAAGCACCGUGUCUUGCCAGGCCCACAACUUCCAUGCUGUGCCCGAGGGCAUCCCCGCCCAGAGCGAGCGUGUUUUCUUGCAAAACAACAAAAUUCAGCGGCUGCUUCGCGGCCACUUCUCCCCCACCACCACCAUGUUGUGGCUUUACUCCAACAACAUCUCCUACAUACAACCCUCCACUUUUCAUGGCUUUGACCGGCUGGAGGAGCUCGACCUUGGUGACAACCGCCACCUGAAGGCCCUCGCUUCAGACACGUUCAUGGGCCUGGGUCGGCUACAUGCGCUGCACCUAUACCACUGUGGCCUGAUCAGCCUCCCACCAGGGAUUUUUGCAGCCCUCCAUAAUCUCCAGUAUCUCUACCUGCAGGACAACCAGUUAGAGUUCCUGGAGGAUGACUUGUUCAUAGACCUACUGAACUUAAGUCAUCUCUUUCUGCAUGGCAACCGCCUCUGGAGCCUUCGGCAGAACACAUUUCGUGGUCUGGGAGUCUUAGACCGGCUGCUUCUCCAUCAGAACCGAAUCCAGUGGAUUGACCGUCAGAGCUUCCAUGACCUGCGGCGCCUCACCACCUUGUUUCUGUUUAACAACUCCCUGACUGAGCUAUCUGGUGCCACCCUGGCCCUGCUUCCAGCCCUGGAGUAUCUGCGACUCAACGACAACCCCUGGGAAUGUGACUGCAAAGCCCUCUCACUUUGGGAUUGGUUGCGAAGAUUCAGAGGUUCCACCUCAGAGCUGAUGUGUUCGUCACCGCCAGAGCUACGAGGGAAAGAUCUGAAGACGCUGAAGAAAGAGCAGCUACCCCUUUGCAUGUCAGGUGAGGGCCAUGCACGUGUUGGCCCAGGAGGGGACAUGGACCAGGGAGAGUCUCUGAACCAUCUGAACCGUCAUCGAAACCAUCACAACCACCAUCAGCGGCCGUACCUACCCCAUGGGGAUCAGUACAAUUUGCCCUCACCUUCACCCCUGCCUCGACCACCAAAGGGCGGCCGCAGAAACUGUACCCGUCGGGGCCGCAAGGCAAAAGGUGGGCUCAAUGAAGUGCAGGUUUUAAGGGAGGACAGUGAGAAAGACUACACUCCAGAUGGAGGUAAAUAUGACUUAUCUGCCACUGCACGGAGGAAGAAUAAGUGUAUUCCAAGAACUUCUGUUGGCCCACCAAUUGGGGUCCAGAGAGCUAAUAAUACAGCAGUGUCCCACCUUGGAGUUUCCAUUUUCUGUUUUCCACCAGCCCUGCUGCUGUCACUUUUAUCUCUGAUCCUACGCUGAGGACAUGGACAUUUUUACGCUUGUGAUGGAAACUUAUGAUUCACUCUUCUGAACAACCCUGCCCUGGCUCUUCAAAUGAGGCAUGUGUGCGUAACUGUGUGUGAACAUGACUGUGUAAAAAGAACAUUAUCAAAUAUCUGCUGUUGAAGUGUCCCUGCUGUUUCAAGGCAGCGAUUUCUAUGAGUCAUAAUCAAAAUGUGGAAGUCAGGGAAAACUAUUUAGCCCAUUGCUUUGAUGAUGUCACCAUGGGAAACAACAGGAAAACUUUACAUUUGUCUUUGUGGCAUAAAUUGCUUCACAGAAUUUAUAUAUAAGCUUAAAAACUGUACAGCCACAUGAAAUAACAAGCCAAUGACUCCAGAAGAACACAGAAUAAGGAUCGAAACAGUUCAAGGCUCAGUCUCUAUGUUUAGCCCUCUUGACACAAUAGUCCUCUCUCAGCACACACUCCAUCUGUCACUCCCGCUGAGACAAAGACACAGUCAUUCAUAAUUGUCACACUUGUCACUCCACAGUACCUUAAGUUCCAGUCAAAAUCCUGCACACACAAGUGGAAGAAAAAUGAGUUGUCAUGAAGAAUUUUAGCAGUAAUAACUAUACAGCCAUUAUAUGUGCUAGUAAAGCAAUUUCACUUCCAUGUCUUACAGCAGGGUAAACUUCCUAAAAUGCUGUAUAACUGUAUCCUUGGUUUGAAGUGUGAGAAAGUCCUGUAAAAGUCUAAACACUACCACAGUUGUGACACAUGUGUAUGGUCUACAAACCACAAAUAGCUCUUAAAAGGUGUAAUUUUUAUUUGCUUCCCAUCAAUUUAUAAGCCAUCCGACCUUAUCAUUUUAUGUUCCAACUAGUCGCAGUCAGUCUGAAUGAGCAACCAAUUGAAUGGGUGAUUACUGUGUCACUGUUUGUAUGAGUGUGUGUCCACUGAAGAAACCACUAAAGCCAUGCGGGUAGAACGAAGUAAGUGUGCCUAAUGAGCGGCCAAUGAGGGCUAAUUUUAGGAGGUAAAAGAUUGUCUCGCUAACUUUUCGACCUCAUUGGCUACCAAACAGAGGCCUCAAUGAGCCUGAAAGGUAAAUAUACGUGGGCCAAGGAAAAGCUGAGACUUCCUGACAAACUUCCUGACUCCCACAAACUGUUAUGCACUUUCCUCUAUCAUGCAAUGGAGGCUAGUGGAGAAAAAAGAAAACAAAAAAAAAACCACAUUCUUCAAGCAGAGAUGAUUCAGUCCAAAUAGUCACCGGAUGUUUUCAACUGCUGGUAUCUGGUAGACCUUUUCAAUCAGGGAGAAGAACUGCUGACCAACACAAUUUUGCAAUAUAUCCACCUGCAGUGAUUCAAUCAAUUUCUGAAGAUGGAAACGAAAUCAGCGCAAAAUCUGUGAUGUUCACCCGAGGGAAAAUGAACUGACUGCUACAGAAUUUCUCUCUUGUUGUCUGUUCUGUGUUAAGUACGCUCCAAAACAGAUGGACUUGAUGAUCUGUAAGCCCUGAUUGGAGAACUGGAAUCUAAAGCUGCUAUGUCUAAGGAGAAUGAAUCCCAGAGUUCUUUUUUUUUUGUUUGUUCGUUUGUUUGUUUGCUUUUUUUCUUUUGGCUCUGGGUUCUUCUUCAGGAAAUAACAAGAACUGAGAGAACACUAAGAACUAUGGGACACUGCGCCCUAUGAACUGAAGCAGUUCAAGCACACACGUCCCUCAGUAAACCCAAUUAAUCAAGUCUACAGCUUUCCUUUUCCUCUUAUUGCUAUACAAGCCCUUGUUGGUCCGGAGCUUCCAACUCCCAGCUCCACAGAUAAGACUUUGAUGUGAACUAUUGCAGUCACCCACCUAAAGUUCAUACAUUUUAGGUGAAACAUGUACAGACACACAAGGGCCAACUGGGUACCUCACUGCUAACUAGCCAGUAACGCUACAAAGCAUUACAAACUGACAAAUUCUAUUUUGAAUGAGCUGCCCCGGUAUGCAAAGGAUAACAUGUCAAAAUCAUGUCAUGCCAACAAAAGCACAAAACAUUAUUAGGUUUGGUUUGCUGGUGACCGUGAAAAAAAAAACAAAACAAAAAAAAAAUAAAAACACCAUUUGGAUGGGAAUCCGAGAGCAGGGGCCACAUCUAUACCCUGCCUGUGUGUGUUUCCCACUGAGCCCAGCCUUUUUGUGUGUAUCUAUCUAAAUGUUGGGGAUGAACAGAAGCCUGUCACUGGUGUCAUUCUCCUGACGUGUAGGAUUAGAGACCCCCACUGGUGACCUUGUCUGUGCUGCUGUGAACCCAGAGGUGAUGUAAAUUGUGUCUGUUUGUUCAUGUGAGGAUGACUUUUGUAAAAAAAAAUAAUAAUAAUAAUAAAUUAAAAAAAAUUAAAUAAAUGAAUAAAUAACAGAAAAAACAACAGGAAAAAAAGACAGAUUUAAAAAAGGAGACAAAAAUGGAGGAACUGACUCCGUUGUGUCUCUAUGGUUCCCUAAAAACUAAACGGGGAACUUGCUAUUUUUUUGUUAUGAUCAUUAUUUCUUUUAUUUUUUUAUUUUUUUCAUUUUGCUGACUCAUUCCAGGUAAAUGGUAAACUGCACUGUAACCUUCCUGCCCAUACUCUUUUCUUUUCCGUCCUACUCAUUUCUGAAUCUGUUCUUUCCUUCUGAUUCUCAUCACUCCAUCCCCUCCUCCCUUCUUUCUGUUUAUUCUCUCCCUCUCCUUCCACAUUUCUCUUCCUCCCUUGUUGCUCCCUCCUUCCUCUUCUAUCGCCGUAUUCUUUUCCUCUCCUCUCUUCCUUUGUGCAACCCAAAUGGUUUGUAUGUGGUUAUCAAACAAUGCCAGACUCAAAAGCUGUUUAUAAAUAACAUUAAACAGAAAGUGUCCUCAAA